CAGCGCGCUGACACCAAUCGGCCACCGUAGCUUAGCAACCGAAUCAUAACAAUUCUUAUUCCGUUUAGAGUUUUCAUUUGAACAUUUAAAGCAGCUCAGACUUGCAGUUUAUCAGCAAGAGAGAAGACGCGAAAGAUGUCCAUCGUGAAAACCACCGUGAAUCUCCAGAGGAUUGACUGGCUGCUGCCGACAGGUGCAGUCAGUGUGCGGAUCGCCCCGGAAUACAUCCCCGGUCCAGUUGGCCGAGGACAAACCAGUUCCAGUGAUGCUGGCCGUCGGAAGAAGUGCCGCACCAGGCCGCCGGCAGCCAGCUCCCUGACCACGUCUGCCUCUCCUGGAUCUGCUGCCAUCCCGGUGGCAACCAGCAGGGGUCAGCAGGGCACAGGCCGCCGUAGAAAAACGGCGGGAGGCCGGUCAGGGCGAAGAAGGAGGUAUGACCAACAGAAGGGGUUAGAGCCUAAGCCCAGCUCACCAACCUUCUCCUCCUCUUCAUUUUUAUUUCCGUCUUCAGUCCCCUCCCCUUUUGUUUCAUCCCCAUUUCUUUUUAUGGGCUCCUCUGUUUUAUCCCCACACUUAGUCACACCUGUAAGCCCAGCUCCACAUCCAUUUUCAGCUCCAGGCAUGGUUCAUCUGACCCCUCUGCUUCAGGCUCCAGCACAGGCUGUAGCCGCCUCAUCUCACCUGGAAAAAUUCUAUUGGUUGUAUAACUAUUAUGUAACAAAGUACUCUAAAAUGACCUAUGACGCCAAGUGCUUUACUGAGUACUGGUGUCAGGAGUUUUGGAACAGACAUUUAAAUGAAAUUAACUUAGCGAAACAGGGGAAGAAUGAGGAUAAUGAGGGUACUCAUUCAACCAAGAGGCGUAGGAUUGAUGAAGAUGAGUUCAUCUUUCCUAUUGAUGCACUGGAGCAGCUAAGUACCAUGCCCAGGGCUCAGGAGAUGGGUGUGGAGAUGGGCUAUCAGUCAGAUGCACAUAGCUACAUUUCCCUGUAGAUUCAGCACAUAAUUACACGAGACUUGUCAUACGUACUUAGGAUAAGAUAAAAUUAGGAUAUGUUACCAUGUAGUUCUAUAGCAUAAGGUACUAUAGGAUAAGCUUAAGAUAGGAUAAGGUUAAGAUUGUAUAGAAUAAGAUAAAGAUAGGACAAGUUAAGAUAGUCUUAACUUGUAUGCCAUUUUAUGUUUUACAAAGACAUGAUAAAUUACCAUAAGUUUAGGAUAAGAUUAUAUGAGAUAACAUAGUAUAAGAAUAAGAUAGGAUUGCAUAGCAUAAGAUAAGAAAGAUAGGAUAAGAUAACAUAGAAUAAAAUUAAGAUAGGAUAGGUUACGGUAAGCUUAAGAUUGUAUAACAUAGGAUUAGAUUAAUUAUAAAUAAAGCAGUCCUCCUUAGAGGGGGGGUGGUGGAGGGAAUAUUUAAGAAAUAAAAAUAGGAUUAAUUAAGAUAAGGUUAAGAUAAGAUUGUAUAACAUAGGAUUAGAUUAAUUGUAAAUAAAGCAGUCCUCCUUAGAGGGGGGGUGGUGGAGGGAAUAUUUAAGAAAUAAAAAUAGGAUUAAUUAACAUAAGGUUAAGAUAAGAUUGUAUAACAUAGGAUUAGAUUAAUUGUAAAUAAAGCAGUCCUCCUCAGAGGGGGGGUGGUGGAGGGAAUAUUUAAGAAAUAAAAAUAGGAUUAAUUCAGAAGGUUAAGAUAAGAUUGUAUAACAUAGGAUUAGAUUAAUUAUAAAUAAAGCAGUCCUCCUUAGAGGGGGGGUGGUGGAGGGAAUAUUUAAGAAAUAAAAAUAGGAUUAAUUCAGAAGGUUAAGAUAAGAUUGUAUAACAUAGGAUUAGAUUAAUUGUAAAUAAAGCAGUCCUCCUUAGAGGGGGGGUGGUGGAGGGAAUAUUUAAGAAAUAAAAAUAGGAUCAGUUAACAUAAGGUAAAGAUAAGAUUGUAUAACAUAGGAUUAGAUUAAUUGUAAAUAAAGCAGUCCUCCUUAGAGGGGGGGUGGUGGAGGGAAUAUUUAAGAAAUAAAAAUAGGAUCAGUUAACAUAAGGUAAAGAUAAGAUUGUAUAACAUAGGAUUAGAUUAAUUGUAAAUAAAGCAGUCCUCCUUAGAGGGGGGGUGGUGGAGGGAAUAUUUAAGAAAUAAAAAUAGGAUCAGUUAACAUAAGGUUAAGAUUAGAUUGUAUAACAUAGGGGGGCGGCAUGGUGGUGCAGUGGUUAGCACUGCUGCCUCACACCUCUGGGACCCGGGUUCGAGUCUCCGCCUGGGUCACAUGUGUGUGGAGUUUGCAUGUUCUCCCCAUGUUGUCGUGGGGUUUCCUCCGGGUACUCUGGUUUCCCCCCACAGUCCAAAAACAUGCUGAGGCUAAUUGGCGUCGCUGGAUUGCCCAUAGGUGUGCAUGUGUGAGUGACUGGUGUGUGAGUGUGCCCUGCGAUGGGCUGGCCCCCCAUCCUGGGUUGUUCCCUGCCUCGUGCCCAUUGCUUCCGGGAUAGGCUCCGGACCCCCCGCGACCCAAUAGGAUAAGCGGUUUGGAAAAUGGAUGGAUGGAUGGAUGUAUAACAUAGGGCUACAGUGAAGAAAUCAAAAAUUUCAAGGCAGCAUGAAGGUAACGCACAAUCAGGGAUGUGCAAUUUCUGAGGCAUGUAUUCAAAAAAAGUAUUUUAAUUGUGUUUUAUCAUUCAUAUUUGACUUAGUUCAUGAAAUAAAAUGUUUUUUUCUACAGACUUUGAUCAGUGUUUUUGUAUUUUGUAAAAUACGAGAAAUACUGUAUGCAUGGUAAUGUCAGGUGUGCAAAAUGUUUGUGCUAACAAAGGACACAGAGCCCCUAGAAGGGCACAGAGCCAGGCUGAGCACCACAGCGCUAUCCAGCCCAUGGCUGCCGAUGGUCACAUUCCACCAGAACCCCCCCAACACUAACUCCCCAGGGAACUUCCAAGCAGCAGAGCAGAUUCCAACAACCGAGGAUCAAAGGAAAAGAAAAGAUACUGGCAGGAAGAAGAUGAUCUUGUGGCCAAAGGUUAAAAAUGUAGAAGUUUGGAGAACAAAUGUGUUACAAAUGAAAUAUUAUUUGAAAUGUGCUACAGCUUAAUCAUUCUAUCAUACAUCCAUCCAUCCAUUUUCCAAACCGGAGACUCGAACCUGGGUCCCAGAGGUGUGAGGCAACAGUGCUAACCACUGCACCACCAUGCCGGCCCACAAAUUUAAACAAAUUCAUUUUAAAUAACUUUAAUCUCAGAGCCAAUUGCCAUGUGCCCACAAAUAUUUCAAUUAUUAUUGUUUAUGAUUAUAAAUGCCGAAUACAUUCCUGGAGCCUUCGAUUUAGCAUACACAGUGCCCUCUACAGGAUUCUAUCGAAACAGCAUCUCUCAACCUCGUUCACAAGAUUUGUCUUUUUCACAAAACGUUUUUCUUUGUAAAUCCCAAAAUCUUCCUAUAAAUGUAUGUAUGAA